UUUUUUCAUAGUUGCUCCUGUGCUUCCUGGUUCUAAGUGUAUUGUGUUUUCUACUUGAUUUCCUGGUCAUAAGUAUGGAUUUACCUUUGACUGUGUGUCCCUGUUCCAUGCUCCCACUUAACACUUAAAUAAAACAGUGGCUGGAUCUGUACUGGCAUGUAGUGUCUGUGUGUGUCUAAUGACCUUUGUUGUUUGGAACCUGCAUCAUUCAGCACUCCCCAUGGACAUGGAGCUAAUAUACGAAUAUAUCAGUAAAGAUCACCUGUUCUCGUACGCUCUUGGUGCCUUUGUGCUGUUGUGGGCUUUGAUAUGGCUGUACCGUGACAGCCUGGAAAUCGACAAAAUCAAAGAGAAGUACGUGUUCGUCACCGGCUGUGAUUCAGGUUUCGGGAACCUAUUAUGUAAACGACUGGACAAACGUGGUUUCCGUGUGUUGGCUGGUUGCUUGACAGAAAAAGGAGCAGAUGACCUGAAGAGAGUGACGGGACCUUAUCUGAAGACCUGCAUACUGGAUGUUACUAGAACAGCUAGCAUUCAGAACGCUGUGGAAUGGACGAAGAAAGAGGUUGGAGACAGAGGACUCUGGGGGAUCGUGAACAAUGCAGGAUGCUCGUUACCCAUGGGUCCUUCUGAAUGGAUGCAGAUUGAGGAUUUCCACAGCACUCUAAGGGUCAACAUGACUGGUGUGAUCGAGACGACCAUGAAUUUUCUGCCACUCGUCAAGAGAGCCCGUGGCCGAAUUGUUAAUGUGGCUUCAGUGCUGGGCAGAGUGGCAGCGAACGGAGGUGGAUACUGCAUUUCCAAGUUUGCAGUGGAAGCCUUUUCUGAUUGCCUCAGGAGGGACAUUCAACAUUUUGGAAUCAAAGUGUGUAUAAUAGAACCUGGGUUCUUCAAGACCCAGGUGACAAGCCUGGAACCACUCGAACGGGAACUUCAUCGCCUGUGGAACCAACUGACGCCUGAAGUGAAAGAAAGCUAUGGAGAAAAAUAUCUGGAUAAGUACAUCAACGUACAGAGGCUGAUUAUGAAUGCUAUUUGUGAUGCUGAUUUGAGUAAAGUGACCAACUGCAUGGAGCAUGCUCUGUCUGCUGCUCACCCAAGGACCCGAUACAGUGCUGGCUGGGAUGCCAAACUCCUCUGGAUCCCUCUCUCUUACAUGCCAGCUUGUGUUGUUGACAUUGCACUAAGACUGGUGUUGCCACGGCCUGCCAAGAGUGUUUUAUAGAUCCAAACUUAAGUUGAAAUUGACCAUAUCAAGUGUUCCCUAAGUAAUUUAGACAAGAGUUUAAAGUAGUAUACUCAAAAGGAUGAUUUACUUGUAUUUCCACUGUAUUUAAGUGAUGCAAAGUAACUGAUCUUGCCUGUGUAUAUUUUGCCUUGUUCGAUUAAGUUGAGAAAUUGCUAUCGUUUGUUCUUCUAUGUUACAGGUGACAUCUUGAUCAAUUCAAAAUUGCCUUAGCUGCCAGUAAACCAAAAAUGUCUGACCAAAUAUUUUGUUUAUAACCAGCCUGUGCCUUUUUCUCACUAUAAUUUUUUUGGCUGAGCAACAGCAAUAUUUUAAAGAAAGUAUAAUAUAAGUUUCGGAAACACUAAAGAUGUGAAUAAAACCAUUAUUUAAUACAAUUAAGUCAAGUUUAUGUAAUAAAGUAAAUUACACCAAUGUAUACCUGUAAAUCAAUAAAAUUGAAUUAAACAAUCUUAUCAACCCCUCAAAGGUAAAAUUGUCAGCCUACAACUCUUUGUUCAACAGUGUGUAUGCCUUUUUCAUUUAAAAUGAUUCAUCUUGGCCAAAUUAUUAAAGGAAUAAUUCUGCCAAAAACUGAAUUUACCCUUUAACCCAAAUGUGGUUAAUUGGACAGGACAUGUCUAGUGUCUGAACUUUGCUUCAGACAUUAUGUACUGGAUCUACGAGGCUGAUGUUGCAUCGUUCAAACUGCAUGCAUAAAUCCUUAGAUACUCACUUCAAACUGCAUCAAGUUGUUCAUUACAUCAUACAGAUUUCCUU